AUGCACAGAGCGCAUGUCGCUUCUGCCUUGGGACUGAGUCAUCUGGACAUCUCCAAGUUGCUGAGCUGCAAUCUCCGUUCUCUAUUCCUCCCUAUUCCUCCUCUGCCCCCAACACCCCCACUGCUUGCUUUCGAACAUGACAAUCGACGUCCUUCCCAAGGAUUCACUCGGUUUGUGAUCCUAACCGGGGACUUGAUGGCUGAUUGCCCAGUUCUUGUCACUGGUGCCAGUGGAUACAUCGCGAGUUGGACCAGUCUCUACUUGCUCGAGCAGGGGUUGACCGUGCGCGGCACUACCCGCAAUGACAAAAAGGGCCAGUGGAUGAAGCAAAUGUAUCGCGAGCGUGGUUUUGACAAGUUUGACUAUGUGGUCGUCUCGGACUUGCUCAAUGUGAGUCACUUGAGGGUAGCUGGCGGGGUUGCCAUGCUGACUCUCGCCAAGGACAAUGCCUUCGACGAAGCUGUCAAGGGUGUCGACGCUAUCAUCCACAUGGCCUCUCCAUUCCACUGGAACGUCGAAAAGCCGUCCGACUUUAUCGACAGCGCGGUCGCUGGCACCGUCUGGGCCCUGAAGGCGGCUUCCAAGGAGCCAAAGGUCAAGCGGGUUGUCGUUACCAGCUCCUACGCAUCAAUCCUCGAGAACCGGGAGCCGCUUGGCAGCCACACUUUUACCGAGAAGGACUGGAACCAGCAGUCGAUCGACGAAGUCAACGAGAAGGGUGUGGAUGCCUGGCGUAUGCACUGGUACAGAGCUAGCAAGACGCUGGCUGAGAGGGCGGCCUGGAAGUACAUCGAGGACGAGAAGCCGACCUUCGACCUCGUCACGAUCUGUCCACCCUACGUGCUCGGUCCCAUAAUCCACGAGGCUGCAUCGCCAGAAUCUCUGAACACUUCCGUGGCCAACUGGUAUGCAUUCUUGAGCGGCCAGAAGACCACCGAGGAUGCCGUCGCACCCGCUGGAAUUCUCUGCGAUGUCCGUGAUGUUGCCCGCUGCCAUGUUAAAGGGCUUGUCCUGCCUGAAGCAGGAGGGCAGAGGUUUGGCGUGUCAACGCGUACGUUCACAAUUCAGACCUUGCUCGACAACAUUAUUACCGAUGAGCGCAUCAUGGCCGCUUUCCCAAAGACGGUGCGCGGUGUACCUGGCAAGGAGGUGCCGCCCCAGAACUGGUUCGACUGCUCCAAGUCGCUCAAGGUCCUGAACAUUCAGCCAACGCAUGAAAGCAAGACCGCGAUUGAUAUGACGGAGAGUCUGCUGGAGCGGCAGAAAUCGUGGAACAAGGUGACCGCUGCGUCUUAA